CUUUACGGCAAUUCAUAACAAAAACAGUUUUCUCACGAUUUAGUGGUUUUUUAUUUUGAAGUCUAUUUAUAUUUGAUUGUUAAUCACAUUUAUAUACACAUCUCAACCGUUUACACAUAUAAUCAACUGAACCACACAAUGGGUCAGCAACACUCAGGCGGGUCGGGAGGCGGUGGCGAUAAGGAUAAGAAGGGCCAGAAGAAGGAGCGGUCGGCGCCCCCACCGAUGCCCUCCAUUAGGGGCCGCCGUCGUAAAGGAGGCAAAGGACCGGACAGCGCGUCUAAGUUGCCGGCAGUGACCCCACACUCCCGGUGUCGCCUCAAACUGCUUAAGUUGGAGCGCAUACAGGACUGGCUGCUCAUGGAGGAGGAGUUCCUCAAGAACUGCAACGCAGCCAUCAAUGCAAAGACAGACAAAGACGAUAACGUCGAUGAAGAGCGCAAUAAAGUCGAUGACCUCAGAGGAACUCCGAUGUCUGUGGGAAACCUGGAAGAGAUCAUUGAUGAUAAUCACGCCAUUGUGUCGACUUCUGUUGGCUCCGAGCACUACGUGUCGAUCCUGUCGUUCGUGGAUAAGGAACAGUUGGAACCGAACUGUUGUGUACUUCUGAACCAUAAGGUGCACGCAGUGGUCGGUGUCCUCAGCGAUGAUGUCGACCCGAUGGUGAAUGUGAUGAAACUGGAAAAAGCACCGCAAGAGACGUACGCAGACAUCGGUGGUCUCGAUCAGCAGAUCCAAGAGAUCAAAGAGAGCGUUGAGUUGCCGUUAACUCAUCCGGAAUACUACGAAGAGAUGGGUAUUAAACCACCGAAAGGUGUCAUUCUGUACGGACCGCCCGGCACUGGAAAGACACUGUUAGCUAAAGCGGUGGCCAAUNUCCAAGAGAUCAAAGAGAGCGUUGAGUUGCCGUUAACUCAUCCGGAAUACUACGAAGAGAUGGGUAUUAAACCACCGAAAGGUGUCAUUCUGUACGGACCGCCCGGCACUGGAAAGACACUGUUAGCUAAAGCGGUGGCCAAUCAGACGUCCGCUACUUUCCUGCGGGUCGUCGGCUCUGAACUGAUUCAGAAAUAUUUAGGCGACGGACCAAAGCUCGUGAGAGAGCUGUUCCGAGUGGCCGAAGAACACGCGCCCGCCAUUGUCUUCAUCGACGAGAUCGACGCCGUCGGCACUAAGAGAUAUGACUCGAACUCUGGUGGCGAACGAGAGAUCCAGCGAACGAUGUUAGAGCUGUUGAACCAAUUGGACGGUUUCGAUGGCAGGGGUGACGUGAAGGUGAUUAUGGCCACCAAUCGGAUCGAGACGUUAGACCCGGCGCUGAUAAGGCCCGGUAGGAUCGACCGUAAG